UACUCGUAAUCGAGUUAUGAGAUCAAAAAAUUGAAGUUCAUUAAUAAAUCUACCGGCCAUAAUUUUAACAUUAUUUCGCAUAUUUGAAUCAGCUCUCUCUCUGUUUAGUAAUUAAUCAUCCUCAACAAGACAAUGAUAUAAACCAUCUCACAGAUAAUUAAAACAAAAUAAAAAAACUUUCUCAGUCAACAAACACCAACGAGAAAAACAAGAACAGCAAAUUUGAAAAUUUGACCAUUCUUGUUUGCAGGACCAUUUGGUAAAGGGAAUUAAUUCAAUGUGGUGAUUGGAAAAUUUAAGUUGAAGUGGGGAAGAAAUUUUUGAUUUUGGUUUUUGGAAUUUGAUUUAGCAAGUUUUUGGUUGAUCUUGUAAUUGGGUUUUUGAUUCUUGUUGAAAAGUUUGGAUUUUUAAUGUUGGGUAUUUUUCUUUGUUGCUGAAGAGUGAGAAAAGUUUUGCUUUUUGGGUUGACUGAGAUUGGAGAAAUUAGGGUUUUCUGUUUGAUUUUGACUUUGUGUGGAGUGAAGGCAUAGAUUUUGAUCCUUGUUUUGCUAAAGUACUUUACUUCAAGGUGAUUUUAUGGACAUGGGGAAGUUGGAAUUCAGUUUCUCUUGAUGAAAUUGUGAAUAUUGUCGGAUUAGGAAGUGGAAGCGUAUAAAAUCAGGAUCGGUUGUGGAUUUUUGUUUGUUUGGAUAAAUUAUGUUAAAACAGAUUCUUAGUAAGCUACCGAAAAAGUCAAAAUCGACUGAAAGUCGUGAAAAUGGUCGAAAUGGAAAUCUCGUAGCGACUGUGAAUGCUGCUGCUGGCGCGAAAAGCAGUGGUUUAGGAGGUAAUAAGGCAGGAAAGUUGAAUGUCGCUUCUGUACCAGCUAAUUCGGCUUCAGAUGUAGGAAAUGUUAAUGGCAGCAAGAUUCAACAGGGUGUGAACUCUAAGGUGAAUGGGAAUCUUGGGUUUUCUUCGUUUGAAGGAUUGCCUGGAUUCAAGGAUGUUCCGAAUUCCGAGAAGCAGAAUCUGUUUAUAAGAAAGCUGAACCUGUGUUGUUUUGUGUUUGACUUCACUGAUCCUACGAAGAAUCUCAAAGAAAAGGAUAUCAAGCGUCAGACGUUGCUAGAGCUGGUUGAUUAUGUAACUUCUGCAAAUGGGAAAUUUACAGAAAUUGUCAUGCAAGAGGUUAUAAAAAUGGUAUCUCUCAAUUUAUUUAGGGUUCUUACUCCUCAACAGCGUGAUAAUAAAGUUGUAGAUGGUGUUGAUUUGGAGGAGGAGGAACCUUCUAUGGAUCUUGCAUGGCCACAUUUACAGCUUGUGUAUGAGCUUUUCUUGAGGUUUAUUGCAUCAUCUGAGACGGAUGUAAAACCAGCUAAAAGAUUUAUUGAUCAGUUUUUCAUUAUCAAAUUGCUGGAUUUAUUUGACUCUGAAGAUCCCAGGGAAAGAGAGUAUGUGAAAACGAUUCUCCAUCGCAUCUAUGGAAAAUUUAUGGUGCAUCGCCCAUUUAUUAGGAAAGCAAUCAAUAACAUUUUCUAUCAAUUUGUUUUUGAGACAGAAAAGCAUAAUGGUAUUGCUGAAUUUUUAGAGAUUUUGGGUAGCAUUAUUAAUGGGUUUGCUUUGCCGCUGAAAGAGGAACACAAAAUGUUCCUGGUUCGUUCUCUAAUCCCCUUGCAUAAACCGAGAUGCUUGGCAAUGUACCAUCAGCCAUUGUCAUACUGUAUUACGCAGUUUGUGGAGAAAGACUGCAAGCUUGCCGAUACAGUCAUAAGGGGUCUGUUAAAGUACUGGCCUCUCACUAAUAGCUCAAAGGAAGUCAUGUUCCUAAAUGAGCUGGAGGAAGUAUUGGAAGCAACCCAGCCAUCAGAAUUUCAACGUUGUAUGGUGCCCCUGUUUCAGCAAAUUGCUCGGUGUUUGAACAGUUCACAUUUUCAGGUGGCAGAGAGAGCAUUAUUCUUGUGGAAUAAUGAUCAUAUUGAGAGCUUAAUUGUACAGAACCGUAAGGUUAUUCUGCCUAUUAUCUUCCCUUCUUUGGAAAAAAACGCUAGAAAUCACUGGAAUCAAGCCGUCCGUAGCUUGACUUUGAAUGUCCGCAAGAUUUUUGAUGAUCUUGAUGCUGAGUUGUUCAACGAAUGCUUGCUUAAGUUUCAAGAAGCAGAAAAGAAAGAGGAUGAAACUAAAGCAAGAGGUGAAGCCAGAUGGCGACGUUUAGAAGAGCUUGCUGCCCAGAAAGCUCCGAGCAACAAACCGGUCUUUAUUCCUAACAAAUCAGCCUCUCUAGCCUCUUCAGGUUAGCAAAAAGUGGAUGCUUUUAUUUGUAUUACCAUGGACCGCAAAUUUAUUAAGGUGCUUGAAUGCGCACACCCUAUGUUCAGUCCUGGGCCGAUUACUAGAUCCCAAUAAGCAUUUUGUAAAUGGAUCCCCGUGCUAUAUUUCUACAUAGAGAGAUGCUUUUCAGUUUUUAGAAAGAAUUUCAUAGACAAUCUCUCUAUUAUAUAGUUCAAUGAGGGCGAAUGAUUUCAGAGCGUUAAGUAAACUAGAAAUCAAAUGGUUGAAGUCGAGCAUUAGUUAAUGUUGCCGAAAUCUUAGUUUCUUUUUGCAGAAGGAUCAAAUUUACAAAAUCUUCUUCCAUGAUUGGUAUGUUCCUUUUGUUUCGAUCUCCUUGGGGUGUAAAUUUGCGUAAGUUUUAUUGUAAACCGAUGUUUGUGUUUUGGAUCAAAAAGGCAGCCUGGAAAUGUAGAUUGAAAUAUUAUGGCUUGGAGUUUUAAUAUCAAAUUACUUCUCUAUGAUGAAA